GGCUGCGGGCACGAGGGGCGUGGCUCUUCCUGGCUGGGCUCCGCCGCUGGAGGAGGAAGCGAGGCCGGGAGGGAGCCCCGCGCAUUCCAGCAGCAGCCCCGGAACGGACCCGCCGCCGCGGCAGCCUCACUCCGCCCAGACAUGGCCACGGAGGCGUCGGCGGCCCGGUUUCCCCUGCUGAGCACCGGCGUCCUGCUGCUCGCACUCUGGCCUGUGGCAGCUGUGGAGAUCUACACACCUGGCACCUUGGAGGCGCUGAAUGGGACCGAUGUGCGUUUGAAGUGUACCUUCAGCAGCCAUCACUCUGUUGGGCAGCAGACGACAGUUUCCUGGGACUUCCGGCCGCAGGAAAAGAGCCAGUCCGAGUCUGUUUUCUACUACAGUUAUGAGCCCUAUCCACCCCAAAAAGGCCGUUUCUCUGGCCGAGCCGUGUGGGAUGGCAACAUUGCCAAGAACGAUGCCUCCAUCAUGAUCAGGAAUGUGAACCCCACUGACAACGGGACCUUCUUCUGCCAAGUGAAGAAUCCGCCAGAUGUGGACGGUGUCAUUGGCGAGAUCCAGCUGAGCGUGGUGCUGAAAGUGAAUUUCUCGGAGAUCCACAUCCUGGCCAUCACUAUUGGCUCUGCCUGCACUUUGAUGAUUGUUGUUGUGGUUGGAGUUGUCAUUUGCCGUCAUCGGCGGAGGAUGCGGCAAGAGAAGAACGUGGAGAUGGUGGAGACAGAAUUGUCCGAGAAGGAGCCACUGGAGAAAACCAGAGAGGAGACAGGAGACUGAACCGCCCCCGCUGCCGGGAGAGGGCCUGAUGCUGCUGGGCUGCCACACACACACACACACACACACACACACACACACCCAUACACACAAACACACACACCCCCGCUAUGCUGUGAGAGCUGGAAGCUGGUUCUGCAGAUGGCUGAGGAGGCUGCUGUUGGUGGGCACCAUUCCUCUUCCAAAGCUGCCUUGGCUGUAGCUGGGAGGGGGGACCGUCCUCCACUUAGGAGGAAAGAAGCCCCCAGUCCCCUGCUACGUGCAAGGAAGCGGAACUGGCUGAAGAGACGGGCUGGCCACUUGCCCUGAGAAGUGGGCAGGUUGAAGAGAGACUCGCUAAACUGCCAACUCCUGUACAACCAGCAGAGUAUUUCUAAAGAGUGGGAAGCAAAACCAUCCUGCCAGCACCAUGGAAGAAAACGGGGCAGCACGAAGCCUCCCCUUGUCUCAAUCCCGCCUGCCUCCCGUGAACGCAGCAAGAACCAUCUCCUUUACCUGGAGAGGAUGCUGGAAAUGCUCCCAGGACUAGGAGGCCGAGAGCAGGCCCGUCGCCAGCUGGGGGCCUGGUGUGUGCCUGCUGCCACCCCAAGAAAUUCUCUUUCCUCCUCAGCCUCACUGACUGUUUCCACUGGACAUUGUAUAACCUGCCUCCCCUGACUUCUGCAACCCCCCCCCCCAAUUUUGAGGCUGGUUACAGGCCUGCUGUGAAGGCCGACUCUUCCUGGAGGUGGACUCUCCUGCUGCGGGUGGGGGCCUGAUCCUCUGGCACUUGUGGGGCUGCUGCCCCUUCCGUGCUGAAGAAGAAGAGUCCCGGCUCCUGCUGCCCAGCCCCUGCCCACCCCCCUCUGGCUCAGCCCCCUGGAGCCAGGCCUCCAGGCUCUCUGCUACAACACUGCUGCUCGUUUUCGACACACAACAGGGCCCUGGGGUGCAGGACUUCCCCAGAGCUGCUGCUGUAGGCAGCUGCAGCAAGGCUGGCGAUUUGUUCCAAAGAGCCCCCACGAGCGAGAGCGGCUUCCACGCUUAAGCGAGGGGAAUCACGUGGAGCCAGUGCCUAGAAAGCUGGCCCAUGUGCAGUUCCUUCCAGAAAGGCAAGGCCUUCCGCCACUCGGGCCUCCCUUUCCAGCAGGAUCAGGCCCCCCGGCACAAGCACCAGGACCCACCCUGUGCCUACUCCGGCUUCUGAGCCCAGCUUGCCAGGCGGGAGCAGCUCUCCCUCCCCUUUGCCACAAGGCGUCAUCCGGGGGCUUCCUCCUCUGGAUGGGGGGUGCGGGCUGAGCUACAGCUUUUGCAGGCCUGCUUGGUCCUGGGGGGGCACCAGCAGGAUGAGCUCCUGUCUCCAAAGGCUGCCUCUCCGGUUGCUGCUGCAUGACCCACCCCCACCCCACCGAAGCAGCUGGCCUUGGGGCCAAGGGGGCAGGCUCGUCCCUUUGCACAGCACUGCCUGACCCCUGACACCCCCCCCAUUCACCGCAAAGCUGCCUUUUAGCCUGAUCGCGAUGCUUGCAGGUACCAGCGAGCUCAGAGCUCCUUGCGCCUCCUUCCACAUCUGUGACUUGGAGGGGGCGGGGCAGAUAGUGGCUGUAGAAUCGCAGCGGUUUUAGAUUGUAAUUUAUUUAUACAGAGAGAGAGAGAUUUUAGAACAUUUGUAUACAAAUAAACCAUAUUUCUUAUUCAAA